AUGUGCUGCUUCGCAGAUGCCAUCGACUGCUUCGAGCGCUGCCUCACGUUUUGCCCCGAGCAUGCGGAGGCCCUGGCUCGCCGCGCGGCGGCACAACGGGCGCUGCGGGCAGCCACGCCCGCACUGCCGGCGCGCCUGGCUUGUGAGCGGGGUCUGCGCAAGGAGCUCCUGAUUCAGAAGGAAUGGUGUCUAGCGCAGGGUCAUGCGAGCCGGAAGGAGCGUCGUGCGUGCGCUUGUGCAGUGGCGUGGAGUAUCAGUACGUACCAGUGCACGGCAGAUUCGACAAACCAAUUUAGGUUGUACUUGACUUCACUUGUGUGA